AUGGCCGAGACCAUGGCCCUCAGGGCCGGCGACGGCUCGACGGGCUCGACGACGCCGUUGGGCGACUUCGAUUUACGCCGCUGGGGCGACGACGCCGUUAUGACGGAAGGCGAGCGCAAUGAAUGGCGCAGACGGCACGCGAAGGCGGCGCCGGCGCGCGCGACGGAUGAGUUACCCAAGGCCGACGAGGCCACGGCGCCGCCGUCGGUCAAGAAGCUAGUGACGCCGCCGUCGAGCGUGUGCGACCCCGACGAGACGGUCGUCGCCGACGAGCCGGUAGUGGCGCCGGAAGGCGUGAUCGUUAGCGACGGCUCGGACUCGGACGAGGGCUUGGCGCGCGACCGCGCGGCCCGGCUCGACGUGAACCGCCGAUUACAAGAGAUAGAAGCGCGUCAGGCGCGGCUCGAGGCGCGCCUAGUGGCGCGGAUCGCGGCGUCCGAGAGGGGCGUCGCCGACCUGACCCGCCUCGUGGUCGGGCGGCCCGGGGGCCUGGGCCAGGGGACCCGCACGGAAAACCCGUUUCGCCGAGCAAGCCGUUUUGGCCCGGGACGGGCGCCUGCCGGUGCGACGCGGACGCUCGUCCCCCGCCGGUCGCGACCGCGCCGCCGGGUCCUGAAACGACGCGAACCGGCCCUCCCGUCCGGCCGGCCUCAAGUUCAAGUUAGGCCAGAGCGGGCCUAACGUGCUUCGAGGUCGGCCCGACGGCCGCGACCGUCGCCGCCGAUACCCCGCGCAGGAGUCGCUUAUCGUCCGGCGAUGGAGCGGAGCGCGGCGAUUGGUUCGCGGAGCUCGCAAAUCUCGCUUCGUGGCGGCCCCUCUAG